AUGGAUUUGGAUGCGCGCAUCAAGGCGUACCGUUUCGUCGCCUAUGCGUCGGUUACCUUCUCUGUGGUGGCUGUUGUCUCCGUAUUUAUCACCCUGCCCAUGGUGUAUAACUAUGUGCACCAUGUAAAGCGACAGGUUCACAAUGAGGUCAAUAUCUGCAAGGGCUCGGCUAAAGACAUCUGGACAGAAGUACAUUCUCUCAAAGACGUGCCUGUCGCUAACAGAACAGCUCGUCAAACCUACAGAGAAGGAGCUGUUGGAGGCGGUGGUGGUGCAAAUUACGGAGGCAGCAGUGGUGGCGGCGGUGGUGCACAUUACGGAGGCGGUGGUGGUGGCGGAGGC